AUGUCAAUGCCGGCCUGUGUACCAGCUGCUCAGGAACCAGCUCGUUAUGAACUAACCGUCUCCAUCGACUAUGCAGUUUCAACUCCGGUUGGCACCGAAUGCCUCAAGGGUUACUCAGAAUAUGUAGCAACGUUUUUUGAUGCUCUGGAUGCUUCCCUAUCACAGCGUUGUUCGUCAUCGGUAGAAGUUUUUGCACGCUUUCUGGAUGUUAAAUUUAGUAGCACAAUGAAUGGUGUUACCGCAAACUAUACAAUCCAGAUACUUCCGACUGUACUGCAGGAUGUUUUCUAUGAGUUAUGUGGUUUAACUCUGCGAACUAUCUUCGAUUUACGAAUACCAGGUGCCACCACACCAAUUCGCAGUCUUCUUUCUGUGAACGGUGAAACAAUAGCUACACAGUCGGUAGGCUGUCCGUCCAUGAAUGCAACUAAAACAACGGUGGAGCAAGGAUUCGGUUGUGCUGAUGGUGAAGUUCUUCGGGAACGAACUACUGAAUCACUUCCUGAAUGCUGUAAGCUUGUCUAA